CAACAGAUAUGCCUAAUUUAAACUUCCUGUCGCAUUCUAUUGAAAGUAAACACAGCUCUUAUAGCAUCUCAAUUCUGUCAAGAUGUGUACGACACAAUUUUGCCAAAAGAUGAAGUUCAAAGUAUUUAUCGCAAGUUUUUGUCUUGUUGUGAUGGCGAAAUCAGAAAGUGCGUUUCAGUUCAGACAAGAAAGAAGUCUCGCCUCCGAGAAGAAUUUCACGCGCGGUAAGCUAUAAUUUGUGUAUCCAAAUUUGACAAUUAAUUAAAGGCUCACAAACAUAUAAUACCAUACUUAGUUACAUAUAUAUUCCGUAUACGUUAUUUGGCAUACUUGAAUAGUUCUAUACGUAUUAUUAAAAAGCUAACAUAGAAGUCAAUUUGCAACAUUAUAUAUAAAGUUUCCCAAAACUAGCCGAGUGGCUAUAGGUUUCAAUGAGUUAAUUAAAACUUUCACGAUUGUGUCAAGAAGAAAAACAGUCAAAGCUAUACAAGAGCUAGCUUGAUUAUAAAUAUAUAACAAGUUCUUCAUAACCGGAAACUAAACAUAUAAUAAAUGUUUUUAGCAGAUUUUAGGCCAAUUUCACAAAAAGGAAAUCUAACUAAUUAUGCCCAAGUAAGCGAAAAUUACCAGAAAGACAAUAACUUGCAGGGGUGUAUUUAUAGCUAUACAACGUUGAUUACAAUAUUAUUGAAUGAUGUUAAUUCAAAAUAGGGAUUAACCAUUCUGGGCAUGUUUAUACACAUCACUCGGCUACUUCCGGCAUGUUUCUUGGAAGAUCACAGCAGCCCAACAUGAUCAAUAUAUUGAAAGGAUUAGUGACACACCAUGGUAUUGUGGGCUUUUGUUAUUGUUUUACCUUACCCAGAAUACGCGACAAGUUCUUAAUAACAAAGCAAACAUUUAAUAUGUCUAAGUAAGCAAAAAUUGAUGUUGAUUUUGUUGGAAGACAAUAAAUUGCGCGGGGUGUAUUUAGCUACAAUAUAAGCUGUACAGUAUAAUGAAAUACCAGGAAGAAUGUAAAUUGCGGGGGUGUAUUUAGCUACAAUACAAUUGACUGUAUAGUAUAAUGAAUAAUACAGACGUUAUUUGUAAAGACGGAUUAGCUUUUCUGGGAAUGUUUAUAUAUCAGUUAACAUUUUUAAGCGUAUUAACAUACUUGACUACUUCCUGCAAGUUUCUGGAAAGAGAUUUAUAUUUUAGAAAAGAUUUAAUUUAAUAUUGUGAUAUAAAAAUGUUGGUUGUUGUACUGUAAUCACCUUGUAUAGACCAAAGGACAGCGGUUUGUUCAAUGGCAUGCGCAUAAAAAUGUCCAGAUAUUACUAUUUUUUCUUUUACUUUCGAUCUUGCGCAACUUUCGAAAUCAUUGCCAACUUGAAUUAUUAAGAGAGCUGUAUAUUGAUUGGCUAUACUUGUGACGAAAUCAGUCUAAUGUAACCAAUGAAAUUAACAGGUAAUACAAAAAUUGGAGUAUUUGGGUAGGAAUAUGGAUACAAGUUUGGCAAACUAUACAAAAAAAUCAAAUUUUAAGUAAUAUAGAUACAUCAUCAUAAUUAUCAGUGAAACAAAAAUUGUUUGUAUUGUCUAGCUCUGCUGUUGAAUAAUACUAGACGCCCUAGUCCGAACCAAGGGCUACAAGACGAUUUGUCUGGAGUUAAGUUACAAAUUGUUAAAUAAAAAAACCUGACUUUUAUUUCAUCUACAAUUUAAUGCCCAAAGUAUUCACCAGUAUUAAAAUUAAAUAUAUCAACAGUAACUUCUAUGCGAAAUCAUUCUGAAGAUCUCUGAGAAUGCCGCCAUGCAUGUGUCUACCAUAGACCUAAAAAUCUCCACUAUUCCUCCGAAAAGUAACAAAAAAUAUAUUAAAUAUGAAAGCAUACAAACAGUGUGGCCUGGUGAACCCAAUAUUUUUCAGAAUACACGACAUGUUCUUCAUAACCGCAAACUAUAAUAGAUGCUUUUACCAGAUUUUAGACCAAUUUCACAAAAAGGAAAUCUAACUAAUUGUGCCUAAGUAAGCGAAAAUUACCAGAAAGAAAAUAAAUUGCAGGGGUGUAUUUAUACCUAUACAACGAUGAUUACAAUAUAAUUAUUACUGAAUGAUGUUAAUUCAAAAUAGGGAUUAACCUUUCUGGGCAUGUUUAUACACAUCACUCGACUACUUCCGGCAUGUUUCUGGGACAAACACAGCAGCCCAGCCAAUCUAUAUGAUCAAUAUGUUGAAAGGACUAGUGUCACACCAUGGUAUUGUGUGCUUUUGUUAUUGUUUUACCUUACCCAGAAUACGAGACAAGUUCUUAAUAACAAAGCAAACAUUUAAUAUGCCUAAGUAAGCAAAUAUUGAUGUUGAUGCUGAUUUUGUUGGAAGAAAAUAAAUUGCGCGGGGUGUAUCAGUUUAGCUACAACAUAAACUGUAUAGUAUAAUGAAUUACCAGGAAGAGAGUAAAUUGCGGGGGUGUAUUUAGCUACAAUAUUGACUGCAUAGUAUAAUAAUAAUACAGACGUUAUUUGUAAAGACGGAUUAGCUUUUUUGGGAAUGUUUAUCAGUUAACAUUCCUACAAGUUUCUAGGAAGAAAUUUAUAUUUUAGAAAAGAUUGAAAUUUGUUUCUUUUGCUUUCAUAGAUUUAUUUUUAAUUUAAUACUGUGAUCUAAAAAUGUUGGUCGUUGUACUGUAAUCACCUUGUAUAGACCAAGGGACAGCGGUUUGUUUAAUAGCAUGCGCAUAAAAAUGUCCAUAUAUUACUAUUUUUUCUUUUACUUUUGGUCUUGCUCAACUUUCGAAAUCAUUGCCAGCUUGAAUUAUUAAGAGAGCUGUAUAUUGAUUGGCUAUGCUUGUGAUAAAAUCAGUUUAAUGUAACCAGUGAAAUUAACAGGUAAUAAAAAUUGGAAUAUUUGGGUAGAAAUAUAUAUGGGAUACAAGUUUGGCAAACUAUACAAAGAAAUCAAAUAUUAAGUAAUAUAGAUACGUCAUCAUAGAACGUUAUAUCUCAGUUGCUUAUAGAAAUCGUGUAUUUUAGUCAGUGACGUAACGGAGAAAGAGGGCCCCUUAGGCAUAUUUGGUGUGGGGGGCUCCUGUUGACUGUUGUCAUUGUUUGAAUGAUAUAUUAUAUUUAUAUUGAAUAUUAAAAGAAUGUUCAGGAAAAUUCCGUGUCUAAAACAAUAACAAUUACAGUCUCCAACACAUGUAACAACUUUUAAGAAUAACUUUUGUUUUAUUUGAGAUGGAGAAAAGAAAUCAGCUACCGUUGUGGAUGGAGGCUUUAUUAUUUAGCAUUAUUAAUUUUGCAUUUUCCCAUUGAUUCUUAAUUUGACCUGCGUUUUUACGUUUUCUAUUUUUUUGGUCGAUGGGAGCCUCUGAUUGUCGGGGCCCUUACUUUUUGAACUAACCCUAUGCAAUGAUCGUUACGCCGCUGACUUUAGUAGGAUUUGGCCCUGAAAUUACUGGUAGAUUGGUGAUAUUUACUAUAUAUGCGUUUUAAAUUUUCAGCUUUUUCUUUCUCGCGUUCUUUCUCAAAUUCAACCUUUUGCUCGAGUAAUUCUCACUCAAAUUCAAGGGUUUUCUUGUAGUCUUGUUUGACCUUCUCGUGUUGUACUCGGCGAUCAAUUUCUUUAAUUUGUUGAGUCAAUCUUCGUAUAUUUUCGUCUGCUAUAGCAAGUCCCUUCCUAGGAUAAAUAUUAAUGCCCAGCAUAAAACACGUAAAAGAGCCAUAACAAAAAUAUAAUUUAAAAUAUUUAUUUGAAAGCUAACGUUUCGUCUUUAACUUAAGACAUCUUCAGAGCAAUGACAUACAAAGCGGAAAACACAGAAAUAUGAAUAAAUUACAACCAUUUACAAGAUAUUAUAUUACAAAAGUAGAAAGAGGAAUGGAUCAGCUCGGUCCCUUUACUUCUACUUCUACUCUGAUCCAUUCCUCUUUCUAUUUUGUAAUAUAAUAUCUUGUAAAUAGUUGUAAUUUAUUCAUAUUUCUGUGUUUUCCGCUUUGUAUGUCAUUGCUCUGAAGAUGUCUUAAGUUAAAGACGAAACGUUAGCUUUCAAAUAAAUAUUUUAAAUUAUAUUUUUGUUAUGGCUCUUUUACUUGUUUUAUGCUGGGCAUUAACAUUUAUCCUAAGUUCCUUUCCGUAUUCUUUAGCCCAUUUUGCGACGUCUUCUUCGCUCUUGUCCUUGGAAAAUUUCUUUUCUUCCAUGAUCUCUUUUGAUAUCGGCGCAUACAGAAUCCUUCAUAUCCAUCAUCAAUGAUGUCCCUAGUUGUGUGUUGAAGUAAUAUUUCAAAUCCGACUAUGAGGACUGGACUAGAUUUCAAGUCCGCGCAAUUUGAUCACGUCCGAGGCAAAGCUGGGGACUGGAUCAAAAUGCGAGAACUUGAAAUCUAAUCUAGUCCGAAUUGGAGGAUUUGAAAUGAUAUCUCGUACGAAUAAAUCACUACUGAAAGUGAGGUGAAUUAAUUUUGACCGACUCCAAGGAGUGAAUUAAUUUUGAUCCAGCCCAACGACUGGAUUAAUAUACUUCACCAGGUAUCCAGUAUUAUUAUACGGACAAAAUAAAGCAAUAUGGUUGGUUAAUUUACCAUAUUAUGCAGACAAUUGUUGGCUAACCCUGCAACACGUAUUACGUAAUAGUUGACACUACAUCUGCUUCCGUUUGAUGAAUCUUUGCAAUCUGUGACUUCUUCCAACCUUCGUAACUUUUAAACCAUGGCCAACUGCAUGAGCGAACUGACAAACACCAGAAAGGUGGCUCCAUUUUAUAUGUUCGCUGUUCGCAUAUUGGAAGCAAUUUACUUUCUCGCUCAAUUGAAAAGAACACAAGUGGAAUGUACUAAUCUUACCAAGUUCUACGUAACCUGUAUUAGACCUGUAUUGCUGACAGUAUUGGAGUACUGCUGUGCAGUUUUGCAUGACAGCCUCCCGGAAUAUUUGCAUUUACCCCUUGAAGGAAUCCAAAAAAAAUAUGCUUACCAUUAUUAGUCAUCCAACUAAAUUAAGUAGCGUUAAAGAAAACCGGACUACCAACAUUAAGAGAUCGUCGGAACAUAUAGCUAUAAAAAUGUCUGAUGCCAUUCAUUGAAAUAAUAAACAUCAACUUAAUUCUUUACUGCCAAAUACAAAAAAGCCAUGUCACAAUUUACGAAGAAGGAAUCCUUUUAUUUUAUCAAAGUGCAUGUAAAACAAAUCGUUACAACCAAUAUAUAUACAGGGUGUAUCAAAAUAAACGCAAUUCAUCUUUUGUGCUUAAUAACUUUCGAAAUACUAUUUCUAGUUAAACGCUUUUAGGCCUACUUCAAAGCCUGUUCUUUUCUCUUUCAAACAAACUAUUAUCCUUGUCUCCAAUGCUAGUAAUAAUUGCACAGGAAAAGAUUUAGUAAAACCUAUCAUUUUUAGUUGCUGUUUAAUUAUGCAAGUUUAGUAUGUUAUUGUUUAGUCGGUUUAAAUGUUAGAAUUUUCUUCUUUAAACUUUAAUGUUGUCGUCACUACAUCUGGAAAACCAGGUAAGAACAAAUUAAAAGUAUUCUAAAAGAGACCAGGUUGUUUGAAAAUCCUAAACGAAUGCUAAAAAUCGUCAAAACAUUCUGGUGUCUGAGCCAGAGUGUCAUCAAAUUGCGAUGUAAUGUAAACAGAAAUGAUAGCAAGUUGAUGUCAGUCAGCUUAGAUGGUCCAAGCCAAAAUUAUAUCGCAUUUGAAGUUUCAAACUGAGUUUAAAAUAGUGGAAGAAAAGCCUUAAUUAUACUUAUUGUUACAAUCCAUUUAAUAAAAUGCAACAUUUUUUUGUUUUAAUGAAAAAAUCAGUUAUUUUCAUGAGAAAGAUUUGUUAUUCCAUCUCAAUUUUUUGAAUCUCCAAUCGCAAUAACGUAAAGUAUUAUUACCCGCGAACCAAUGAGUCAAAUUUAAGAAACAACCCACUGUUAGAAAGCUGAAUGGCUACGCUUUAAAAUGAAUGCAAACUUUAACGUUUUCGUCCAUUAUUUGUUUAGCAAUUUACAUUUCAGUCGAGAAUUGCGCUUUUUUUAUACACCCUGUAUAUAUAUAUAACUACAGACGGUACCGUUUCGGCCUUUUGGGCCUCAUCAGUGUAGUGCUGAUGAGCAGGAUGAAGGUGACUAGUAUUAAUAGUUACCUUUGAUGCCUCACGAAUGUGGGACAUCAAACCAUUGCCAGAGUGCUCAAACAGCAAGCAGUGAGCAUGCGCACAAUGCAUAAGCAGCAAUGGCUCAUCCUGUAGAGUGCUCAAUAUGGCCUAAAGGCCAUAGAGCAAUAUCUAACUACAGACGGUACCGUUUCGGCCUUUUGGGCCUCAUCAGUGUAGUGCUGAUGAGCAGGAUGAAGGUAACUAGUAUUAAUAGUUACCUUUGAUGCCUCACGAAUGUGGGACAUCAAACCAUUGCCAGAGUGCUCAAACUGCAAUAUAUAUAUAUAUAUAUAUAUAUAUAUAUAUAUAUAUAUAUAUAUAUAUAUAUAUAUAUAUAUAUAUAUAUAUAUAUAUAUAUAUAUAAUAUAUAAAUUUCUAAAUAAUAGAACUUAAGGCUUAAAGUUAAAGAAUUUGUUUUAAUCCUGACCUUAAAUUAACUUUUAAAUUAUACAACAUUUACAUGUAUGUUAGAUUUCUGCUACCUCGUGCAACACUAACACACUGUACAUAUACCCCUAAAAUAAAUCAAUAUGAUUUAUUGAACCCAAUAAAUUGCUCAGAUAUUGAUAUAUUUCUCUUAUACCAGUGGGGUGCUGUUCCGUUAAAUUUAUUUUAUUCUCAUUUUCGAUUUACAGGUGUCAAUUCCACGGUAAGUCUGGAAUAAUAUUUUCAAGGAUUGAAUAAAUGCAUGAUAAUUUUAAUACUUUCUUUCUUUAUAAAUCUAAUAUCAAAUCAUCAUCAUCAUCACUAUAAUUAUCAUCAUUAUUAAUUUACUAAAGUAGGUUUACCAACUAAAUAAUUGUGCGCGAGAAGAAGAAAGAAAACGUUGAAUAUACAGCUGGGUAAUUUGGGCUGGAAUAUACAGACAUUCAGCAUCACAUCUCUCAUAUUAUUUUUUGCCAGGCUCUUAUUUCCGUUUCCAUUAAACUGCGUUUUACUGACUUCACAAACGAGAAUGUGAUACCAGCAGUGAACAUUACUGCCUCGAAUGGAACCACAGCCUUCCAGUUCCUCCAACAGGCAGCUCAACAAAAUCCAUGUUAUCUUUCUCAAUAUAAAACAUAUCCAAAUCUUGGUCAUUACAUCACAACCAUAUGCUGUGUAGCAGAAAACACGACGUCUAACUUCUACUGGUUCGUCUACAUUAAUAACGCACUCUCGCCAGUUGGAGUGGACGGUCUGAUACCAAACAAUGGAGAUAUCCUUAGGUUCGAGUACCGGUUUAUAAACUCUACUGAUGGUACGUAUAAAUCAAAUAUCGGUACAAUUUUUGGAUGGCGACGAUUUCAAAGUGCUAUUAUUGUAUGACAAUAGCGUGAUUUUACCUAAUAAAUGCCAUGCAUAUUACGCGAGGAAUUGAAAACUUGAUCGCACUAUGGUACCUGGAUUUGUUUCGUAGGGGGAUUGUGCAUGGUGAAAGGCCCCGUGAAAUUAGCCUUUAAACCAAAUAGAUUGCAAGAAUUGCAUUGGAGGUUUGCAAACAAUCCACACAGAUUUAUAGGACAAAGAUACGGCGGCCAUGUUGAAUGAAAUUAUAAUUAUAUUUUAAUUACAUUUGAUGAUAAUUACAUUUUUUGUUCGCGUUCUUCCAACAUGGCCGCCAUGACCUCAACUAAGCCAAGAAUUGCGCGUGCAUGAAAAUUAAUAUUUCACACAUCUGCUGCAUGGGAAUAUAGUUUCCCGGUAUGCAGAGUAAAUCAUACUGCAUGCGACCACUAGACUGCUUUAUUGAUGUUUGUAGAGUUCUCGUCAUCAUUUGGAAAAUAUUUUGUGGUUGAAAUUCGGUGAACAAAAUUUGUCGCGCUGCAAGUUGGAAAAGUCCGUAUUGCAUGGUAACCAAUGGGGAAACCAAUAUGGUCAUAAGAAUAACAUUUAUUUUUUCUAUAUUCAUGUUUUAUUCUUGUAGGAAAACAAGAUUCAAUGCAAAUGGUAAGUUAUCGUGCGAGGUAGGCUCUCCUGUCCACAACGGGAACGCGAAUCCAAAGUGGACCUCCAACAUUCCUGUUGUGAAAGUGAAACGAAUUUGAAAGAUACAGAUAAGGAUUAAGGAUAGUAAAAACCAGACAAGUAAGACAUGGAUAAGAAAACACAGUCGGUAUUAUAUUCUACCACUCGUUGAACUCCACUGCAAAUAUAGGCCUAUUGUAUUGAUGUGUUCAUCGAACACAUAAUGUCUCUCGGAUGUCCUGUUGAAAAGCAAGGAAUUUUUAUGUAUUCUACUGCCGUAUAGGUUUUCAAGCUAGUUUAGUUCACUAUUUUAUUCAGAUUUUAACUUUUUCAGAUUUCCGUCUCAGUCAAACUUACGUUCACUAAUUAUCCCAACCCAGACGUCCUACCUGCAGAACAAGUGAUUGCCGCAAAUGGAACAACAGCUUUUGAAUUUCUUCAACUUGCCUCACAACUCAACCCUUGCUAUCUUUUCAACUACACACAGUUCAGUUUUGGCCGUUACAUUACAACGAUAUGUUGUAUCGAACAAAAUAAAGCAACACAAUUCUAUUGGUUUAUUUAUUUAAAUGGUAUACCCUCUCCAGUUGGAGCUGACUUGCUCAAGCCGAAGAAUGGAGAUACCCUGACCUUUGAGUAUCAGAUGUCGACAAAUACUGAUCAUUCAACCUCAGCCCCAACACCCCGCAGUGCCACACCCCGCCGUGCCACACCCCGCAGUGGCACACCCAUUAUAAACCCAAAACCAACUGGAAAAGGUCAGCAGAUGCCUGCUGCAAGUUUGAACGUAUUCAUUUCGAUGGCAAUAGGAAUCCUAGUUUGGAAAUACUAGGACCUUCGAUUAUCUUUGGCAUUUUAUUCUCUCUUUUUAGUUAAUACUUUUUAGUCACUUCAAUGGUAUAUUGUUAAUGUUUACUUUAAUUUUGUCGUAUUAUUAAUGAAUUAGAAUAAACUUUAUGCGCAUGUUUUAGACAUUGGCCUUUAGGAAUUAGUGGUAGCUAAAGUGUAAAAACAAUUAUUUUCCCUUGAUGGCUGUUAAGUAUGUAUUAAUUAAUCAUGUCACAUGGCUUUUAGCCGUAUAAUUAAUAUGUAAAUGAUUAUAUAAGUCUGUUUGUCUCAAAAUCUUCACUAUAUUCUGUUUCGUCCUAACUGACAAUUUUCCAAUUAGUGGAGUGCGCAAUCUGGGUCGCUUUCCCGAAACGAAUUUCACCUGUGUUUACAUGAGAUUAUUAAAAAAAUUAAAAAAGGUCAUCAAGUUUAGAUUAGUGCCAGAUAAAGACAAGAUUUUGUUAGGGUAAUUGAUAAUUUCGGACAUGUUUAACAAUUUACUCACAUAGUUAAUUCAAAGGUGGAGUUCAUGCAGCCAAAUUCGGAACUGAUUAUGCAAAUGAUA